AUGAUCAGGAUGAACAGAUUGGUAUUUUCUAAGGUUUUCACGACUUCUUGUAAAAGUGUGGGAAAAAUACCUUUUGCAAAAUCAACAACCAGAGUCAAUACCCGCCAUUUCAAACCAACAUCAAUACUACAACAAAUAAGAUUCAAUUCUAAUCUGUCGACGACAGCAAACACUGAAGUCAAUUCUAAUGAUUCAACAAAUACUCAAUCAAAUGCCAAAAAACCACGACCCAAAUUAACUAGCGAAAUCUUCAAACUUUUAAGAUUAGCGAAACCGGAAUCAAAAUUGAUUUUUUUUGCCUUGAUAUGUUUGGUAACAACUUCAGCUACAAGUAUGGCAUUACCUUUAAUGAUUGGGAAAAUUAUAGACACAACGAAAAAAGAUGAUGACGAUCACGAGAAAGAUAAGGAAGAUAAAGAUGACACACAGCCAGGAGAUAAAUUGAUAUUUGGUCUUCCUCAACCACAGUUCUAUUCAGCAUUAGGCGUGUUAUUCAUAGUUAGUGCCAGCACCAAUUUCGGUAGAAUAUACUUAUUAAGGUCUGUUGGGGAAAGAUUAGUGGCACGUUUGAGAUCACGUUUGUUUCUGAAGAUUUUGGCCCAGGAUGCUUACUUUUUUGACUUGGGCCCUUCAAAGACUGGAAUGAAAACAGGUGACUUGAUAUCAAGAAUUGCUAGUGACACACAGAUUAUUUCUAAAAGUCUUAGUAUGAAUAUAAGUGAUGGAAUAAGAGCAAUCAUUAGUGGAUGUGUGGGAUUAUCCAUGAUGUGUUAUGUUUCAUGGAAAUUAUCGUUAUGCAUGAGUUUGAUUUUCCCACCAUUGAUUACAAUGUCAUGGUUUUAUGGUAGAAAAAUUAAGGCAUUGUCCAAGCUAAUCCAGGAAAAUAUUGGAGCCAUGACUAAAGUGACAGAAGAAAAAUUGAAUGGUGUUAAGGUGAUACAAACAUUUUCUCAACAACAUUCUGUUGUUCAUUCCUAUAAUCAAGAAAUCAAGAAUAUUUUUAAUAGUUCAAUGAGAGAGGCUAAAUUAGCAGGGUUUUUCUACUCAACCAACGGAUUCAUUGGAAAUGUCACCAUGAUUGGAUUAUUGAUAAUGGGCACCAAAUUGAUAGGGGCGGGGGAAUUGACUGUUGGUGAUUUGUCAAGUUUUAUGAUGUAUGCCGUAUAUACAGGUUCGUCUGUUUUUGGACUUGGGAAUUUUUACACAGAGUUGAUGAAAGGAAUAGGGGCUGCUGAAAGAGUUUUCGAAUUAGUGGAAUAUCAGCCAAAAAUCUCCAACCAUUUAGGGAAAAAAGUGGAUGAGUUGAACGGAGAUAUAAAAUUUAAGGGAAUUGAUUUCACUUACCCAUCACGUCCUGAUUCUUCUAUUUUCAAAAAUUUGAAUCUUCACAUUAAACAAGGAGAAAAUAUUUGUUUGGUGGGGCCAUCAGGAAGUGGUAAAUCCACUGUGAGUCAAUUGCUUUUGAGAUUUUAUGAUCCAGAAAAGGGUACUAUUCAAAUUGGCGAUGAUGUUAUCGCGGACUUUAACUUGAAUCACUAUAGAUCGAAAUUGGGUUAUGUUCAACAAGAACCUUUGUUGUUCAGUGGUACUAUCAGGGACAAUAUCUUAUUUGGGAAAGAAGAUGCCACUGAUGAAGAAAUUAAUAAUGCUUUAAACUUAAGUUACGCCUCUAACUUUGUCAGACACUUGCCAGAUGGUCUAGAAACCAAGAUUGGUGCUUCAAAUUCUACACAGUUGAGUGGAGGUCAAAAGCAGAGAGUGUCAUUAGCAAGAACAUUGAUACGAAAUCCGAAAAUUUUAAUUCUAGAUGAGGCUACAUCAGCAUUGGAUUCCGUAAGUGAAGAGAUAGUGAUGCAGAAUUUGAUUCAAUUGAAUAAGAAUAAAGGGGUGACUUUGAUUUCUAUCGCCCAUCGUUUGUCGACAAUUAAAAAUAGUGAUAGAAUUAUUGUGUUUAACCAAGAUGGCCAAAUAGUAGAGGAUGGUAAAUUUAAUGAAUUACAUAACGAUCCAAACAGUCAAUUCAAUAGACUAUUAAAAAGUCAUUCUUUAGAAUAA